GCAUCUUUAUCUUUGCCCACUGUAUUCAGUGUGCACGUGUUGACGAUCCUCCAUCAGAUCGACAUGUUCUGGAUUCUUCUCAUAUUUCUGCUUCAUACGUUUCUCGCCAUCAACCACACCGGUGGAGACGAAGCUCACCACCGCCCCACCGCCACAUUAUCAUCUACCGAUUGAAUCGUCUCUACGGCGAUCGUUCGAAAAUGGAGCAAGUUCUUCUGAUAUGACGCAUGUGAAGAAGCACGACAGCGACAACGACGUCGAUUCCGAUGACGUAUUUGGCGGUCCUCCGACAAUCGUUUGCACCAAUAAAUCCCUAAAUCCUUUUGUCGUCUCUCUCUAAACACAUCCACAUCCAAGAAGAAUCAGUUCUCCACUCCUCCUCCUUCUCUCUUCUGUUAUCGUUGACUUCACCAUGGUAUUGCAUUGUCUAAUUUCAUUUGGUGUCUUCUCUGGUGAUACGGUGGUGGUUGUCGGCAAGGGUGAAGGCGGAAGAUGUGUUAUUUGGUUUUUAAAGGCCUGAGUUCUAUCCAACCAUAUGUUCUUCAAAGAUUCUGAACAAGUCUAUAUGUAGGUUCAAACGAAUUUGCUUAUCCUAGAUGCCUUGCUUCUUACAAGAAAUUGAGGAAGCAGUUUUGACAUGAGGGGAGCGUCUUCGGGGUUGACGAGACCGAAGAGGAGGAAAGGGGGAGGCAGCGAGGUUGCUGUUGUGACCUCGGUGGGUGCAGCGAGCUGCUCAAGCAGCGUCUCAGUUGCUUGCUUCGAUUCCAAUAGUGGUAUGUGAAAGGAAGAUGCUUGGGUGAGGUAAGAGAGACAAAGGAGGUCCAAUGAAAGUCCGGUCGGCAAUAAAACUUCGCAGGUGAUUCCCUCGGUGGUGUUUGCUUGACAAUCACGAUGGAUAAUAUAAAUCGAUGGGAAAAAAAGAUUGUUCGGGUGCAGAAUUUCUUGGGUUUUUGGACAAUAUUGCCCCUGAACACUGUUUUCAUAUUGACAUUGCAAAGAAAGAGGAGAAGAAUUGUUGACAAGAAGAAAAGGAUUGGGAAGGCCAAAUUAGAGGCUGCAGAUUACCAUCUAUUGUUGCAUAAACACCUCGGUAAAAAUGGUUGUAGCAUCAACCCGAGAUUCGGAAUUAUGGGACUAGUUCUGCCAUUUCCGAUGAUAACUCUUUUAUUGAGUAACCCUAACCCUAGACGUUCCAUUCCUGCCGCCACCACCAUCGAUCGCAUCUUCAACCGCCACCGUCUGUGGAAGCCUUCUUGGAGCCAACAACAAUUAUUUUGCCGCCGAAGAAGCAACCUUACUGCCGGAGACGCAAUUGGUCAGUCGAAUGAACCAACCGAGAUCAAGUGUUGA